GCUCGGCCGAGUGCCGUGACGAUGGGCUCUAGCGGGUAGGCUCAGACGAGCGCGCGCCGCAGAGAGGGCUGCUUCAGGAGCGGCGACUUCCACAGCCAAUGCCGCCGCUGGUACUAUGGAAACUAAACCUCUAACCAAUGGAGAUAAUGGAGGCGACUAUGUGGCAGGUCUCUGAGGGGCAUGAGCGGCUUGUUGGAGGGCAGCGCUGUUCUGACCUGGACCCAGUGCUGGUGACAGGGACAUGGGACUCUCCCCCAGAGCUUCCAGCAGGCUCAACACAAGCGACAAGCCGUCUGACAGCAUCGAAAGGGACCCCGGGUUCGUCCUUCUCACCAGCGGGAAGCCACCUCAGGCCCAGCACCGCAAAGCACAUCAGGUUCCAGGCAUUUGGUAGAAGCUCCAAGUAACCUUCUCUAAUGAGGAUGUCUGAUACUGUCACUGUAAAGGAAACGACUGAGACAAUGAGAGGUUUGGAGACAGAGGCGGGCGACUCUACACCAGGAGACAGCCUGACGAAGUCAGAAAGCCAGGAUCAAACAGAGCCCGAGAAGGAGGAAGGCUGCUGUGAUAGCAAGAACCAAGUGCAGCGGCAAACGCAAACACCCGGACAGACAGGGAAGAGCUCCAAGUCUAACGCAAAGUUAAAGUUAGUUCGGAGCCUGGCUGUUUGCGAAGAAUCCUCUCCUCCCCCUAUUACUGAACUGCCACGAGAACACCAGGACAAAAUUCAGAUCCAGCUCUCCCAGUCUUUCGACAAAGAAGAACAGGCCGUCAAGGAUGAGGACGAGAAGGAGAAGAGCGGCGAAAAGCUGGAGAAGUCUGAGAAAAUGCCACGGAAGAUGCUGUCAAGAGAUUCCAGUCAGGAGUACACAGACUCCACUGGCAUUGAUCUCCAUGAGUUCUUGGUUAACACGCUGAAAAACAACCCCAGGGACAGAAUGAUGCUGCUGAAGUUGGAACAGGAUAUCCUUGAUUUCAUCAGUAAUAAUGAAAGCCAGAGAAGAAAAUUUCCUCCCAUGACAUCGUACCAUAGAAUGCUGUUGCACAGAGUAGCCGCCUACUUCGGUUUAGAUCACAACGUUGAUCAGUCUGGGAAAUCCGUGAUCAUCAACAAAACUAGCAAUACAAGAAUACCAGAUCAGAAGUUUUCAGAGCACAUUAAGGACGACAAGACGGACGACUUCCAGAAGCGCUACAUUCUCAAGAGGGACAACUCCAGCAUGGACAAAGACGACAACAUGAUGCGGAUGAGACUGAAGGAGGACCGCAGGAGCAAGUCCAUAGAGGAGCGGGAGGAGGAGUACCAGCGAGCAAGAGAGAGGAUAUUCGCGCAAGACGGCCCAGACAUUUUCCCACUAGAUAAAAGGAUCCAGGAAGACGAGGUCUCCAACAGCACUCAACAAAGACGGCAAAUAUUUAGGUUGAAGGAUGGCCGGUCCGCGAACAGCCGGCAGAGCAGUUCAGAGAAUGAGCCCAAGUACUCGGAACCGCGGCCCUGGAGCAGCACGGACUCGGACAGCUCCAACCGGAACCUCAAGCCCGCCAUGACCAAGGCCAGCAGCUUCAGCGGCAUCUCGGUUCUGAUCCGAGGAGACAGCUCAGGCAGCAGCAAGAGCACCGGCCGGCUCUCCAAGACAGGUUCAGAGUCUUCUAGUAGUGUAGGGUCGUCCACGGGUUCUCUCUCUCGCUCCCAGCCGCCCCUCCCCAUCCCAGCUCUAACCCAGCCCUGCCACGCGCCGCCCGCAGCCUACCCCACCGUCAGCACUAGUAGUUCUGUGUCCUAUGAGGGGGGCAGGAGUGGCCCCGCCGCGUCCACAGCUAACGCUAGCUACUAUUUGCUUCCGUUGGAAGCCACAGGGAUACCUCCUGGCAGUAUUCUGGUCAACCCGCACACAGGCCAGCCAUUUGUGAACCCUGACGGCAGCGCCGUGGUCUACAGUCCCAGCAUGGGCCAGCAGCAGGGCCGGACCCAGCAGCCCCUGCCCCCUCCUCCGCCCCCUCCGCACCAGCCAGCCAACCACGUCCUCUCCCAGCCGAUUCGGCCCCUCCAGCCCUCCGCGCAGCCCGUGCAGUACUCGGCGGUCUCUUACCCUCCACAGCUCCUGCCCGUGUCCCCUAACCAACAGUACACUGUGCAAGAUAACCUGACGCAGUUCAGCCACCUGAGCCUGGCCCCGCAGCCGCCCGCCGAAGGCCCCGACGGCCACCCCGCCAUGUACCCCUCCCCGGUGGUGCUGCAGCCCCCCCAGCAGACGGGCUACAUGGUGGCCCCCCCGGGCCAGCCCGUGGCCCCCCCGGCCCCGGCCCCGGCCUACACCUCCUCCGGCCCCCCUGUGAGCCAGCCCGUCAUGCAGCAGCAGGGCUACAUGCAGCAGCCCAUGCAGCAGAUGCCCACAUGUUACUGUGCCCCGGGCCAGUACCCACACUCCAGCCAGCAGUACCGGCCAGUCACCCCAGUGCACUACAACAGCCCUCAGAGCCAGCCGCUGCCCCAGCCCGCCCAGCAGUCAGGUUAUCAGACUGUGAUGCCAAAUCAACCGCAGAGCUAUCAGAGUAUGGUAGGGGUGCAGCAGCCUCAGAAUCAGAGCCUAGUCAGCAGUCAGCAUAGCAAUAUGGGUGGGCAGAUGCAAGGCAUGAUGGUCCAGUAUCCUUCCAUGCCAUCUUAUCAGGUAUCCAUGCCCCAAGGAUCCCAGGCCAUGCCACAGCACACAUAUCAGCAGCCAAUGAUCAUCCCCAACCAGUCCAGCCAGGGGCCCGUGCCUUCGUCCGGAGUGCAGGUCUACUACAGUGUUAUUCCACCCAAUCAGCAGAACAUGAGCUCCUCGGUGAGCUUCCUGCCCCCUCCAGGACCCGAGCAGAUGCAGUUCCCUCGGACGUCGUCCCCCUGCGGCUCGCAGCCGCUCCCAGGCCAGCAGUGUGCAGGUGUGCCCCCUCCUCACGGUAGCGGAAUGCUCAUGAUGCAGCUGACACUGCCCCCCAACCAGCAGCCCCGCGCACACUCGCCCCCUCAGUGGAAACACCACAAAUACUACAGUCUGGACCACCAGAGGGGUCAGAAGUGUACAGACCUCCCCUCACUCGACACCUCACAGAGCAGUCCCCAGCUGGGCAGCCCCAGCACCUCCCCCGCCCAGUCUCCCACGCCGGCCCACCUGACCAACAUGAAGAGCGUCCGUCCCGGCCUCGCCCCCAUCUCCAUUGUGCCCCCCUUCUCCAGGCCCUUUGCCCCUGCACAAGGUGAUGCACGGUACCCUUUACUGGGACAGCCGCUCCAGUACACCCCUCCUAUCCGUCCCCCCCUGCUCCACAGCCCCCACGUGGUCCCCAACCACCAGAGUCCCAUGGGAAUCCGCCAGGGUGGCAGAGGGAGGAAGCCCACAAGGAAAGCACUAUCUACAGAUCUCAGUGUAGGUGAACCAGUAAGCGGACGAGUCCUGGAAGUGACCGAUUUGCCAGAGGGAAUAAGCCGUACGGAAGCGGACACGCUGCUUGGUGAACUGUGCAAUGGGGGCGCCAUGAUCAAGUGGCUGCCGGAACACCAGCCGCCGCGCCUGACCUGCGGGGCCGGGGACGGCGACGCCAACACUGAGCUCCCGAAGCCGCCCCCUUACGACCUGGCCUCCAGCUACACCAUCCUAGCCAUGUUCCCCACCAAAUACGCUGCACAAAGUGCCCUCGCCAAACACAACAGCUCCCUUACCACGUUCAAACUGAGAACUACCAAGAGACACUAUGAGUUUCACAACCUGGAGAGGGCCAGCUCCCAGUAGGGGGCGCCACAGCCGCAGCAUGGGACCCGUAGCACCACCCUUCCCUGCCACUGCUCACCUCUCGGCGCAGUCACUCCACACCUCAUGUUUCUCACUAAGUUGGCUUGAUGUAAUGGGCUUUCACUUGAGUUGUAGAGACUUUGGGAAUGUGCUGUCUUUGUUAUGUUCCAGCAGUUCGGAGAACGAAACAAAAUAUGCCAACACGAAUAUUCAUAUACAAUGAAUGAGGUUAUCUGGUGUUAACCAGCCUGUUUUCAGAAUUGACUGGAACAUUUCAAAUGGCAGCAUGUACAUUUUUUUUUUUUUUUAGUUCUGUUUUAUAUUUGUGAAAUCUUGUGUCAGACCCAAAGCGUGGUUGUACAGCUGCAGUCUUUUUUUUCCCUAAUUACUCAGUUUCUGGCCUCUUUCAGCUUCACUCCCUUUAAAGCAGAGAAUUCACCAGAUGGGACACACACAAGGGGCAGUUACUGACCUCUCACAGCCUGUCUCCUGCCACUUGUUUGGUGUUAGUUGGGGGUUGGUCCACCACGGAGGUGGCUUGAGCUACAAAAAUGGGUUUGUUUUCGUGCCUUCUAUCAGGAGUCUACUGUUUUAUUCCUUAAAAUCUGGAGGACACCACGGUGUUGCUCGUAAAACAAAAGACCCACACCUUGUAAAUACUUUAUACAGUACAGUAGCUAUAUAAUUCAGUCGAUUUUCCUCACAGUGAAUGUUAUAUUUGUAACAGGCACAAAAUGAGAGCAGGUCUUUGGUUCAAUAACCCUGGUUUUAACUUAAUUUAAAAGUGAAGAAUAACAUAUCUUACCAUUGACGUGUUUUAGCAAUCCUCUGCGUCAGAUGUCUCAGCCAGCCCCAUCCAGCCGCCCUUUCCUUCCACCAGCCCAGUUGUUUCAAAUCUGUCAUUAAAAAGGUCUUUUUAAAUUAUAUUGAGUUAAGGGUCACUGGAAAAAUCAGUUUGCACAUUUAUACAACUGAAUUUUUUUUUUCUUUUACUUUUCUCCAAAAUAUGUGGAUUCUGAAAGGCUGUACAAUGUUUGCUGGUGCAAGUCAUUUUUAU